CAGUCUGCGCUUCACUCAGCCUCGAAGCGAGCACACUGAGCAAAUCGAACAAAUCUCGCGAGAACUGGCGAGAACACACAGAAAACCCGUCUUUCACAAAGCUCCGAAGACACACGGGGAAACACUGCAGAGAUGGCGACCUACACGAGAUCAGACAGCUGCCGGGUUUGUCCGUCUGCGCGCGCAAACCGCUUCGACACGGCGCGCCGCAAGCGCGCGGCCCCCAACAUCUUCGAGCACGUGAGCGAGGAUGCGCUCGCGCGGCUCUUCCGCAAAGCCGGCGACGCGAAGGCCGAGGAGCGCGUGCGGAGCAUCUUCUCGUGCGCCAAUGACCCGGACGAGACCGCGCGCGCCCUGAUGGCGCUCAAGCAGCGCAAGAAGGACAAGUUCCUGCAGAUCGCGCGCGCACUCCGCGGCCUGCUGAAGCUGCGCUGAGGACUCACUUCACGCGGCUCCGGUCGAGAAGAGUCGCAGACAGACGAGUGACAGCAGCUCGGGGGACGAGCGGUGUGAACCGACUCCGAGUCGACACUGCGCGCAGAUGCUCAGGGACAACGUCCAGGCGCCAGAGAAAGACAGAGACGCUCACGUGCCGGCGGGGAAAGCCUCACAGGGCAGCGUGUGGCAAGCCAAAGGGUCCAGAAACGGCACAAAUGGACGGUUAACCGGGGUGAAGUGCCAGUGGUGUGGUGAAGCACACAGACAAGCAGCAGCUCUGAGAUGAAGCUCAGCUGCAAUGCACAUCCCAGAGGAACACAUGAUCAAACUUCUUAUGAACUUUACAAAGACUUAGUGGACUCCAUGAGCACUUACAAGCUCCUGUGUUGAUGCACCUGCUUUUUAAAAGAUAUAUAUUACAAUGCUGUGAUAACUUUUUGGUCAUGCAUUUGCACACAAUUUGUAAUUUCCACAAUAAAUUAUUAGCAUUUUUUAAAAAAGAAAAAAAAAGUCAUUG